ACCAUGAAGAUGCAAUCCAUGGCAAGACCUUUCCUCCUCCUCUGCUUCACCCUCUUCCUCCUCUCCCCGUGCCGCUCCGACUCCGAUCCCCUCCAAGACUUCUGCGUCGCCAACCGUCAAGCUGGCGACAUAACGGUCGAUGGAUUCCCUUGCAAACCCAGCUCCAGCGUCGUCUCCGACGACUUCUUCUCCACGGCGCUUUCGAAAGGAGGCAACACGAACAACGUUUUCAGCGCCAACGUGACCUCCGCGGAUGUCCUCAGCUUCCCAGGCCUCAACACACUCGGGGUCUCCAUGAACCGAAUCGACCUCGCCCCCGGAGGUCUCAACCUCCCUCACUCCCACCCCCGCGCCACCGAGCUAGGGUUUGUUCUUCAGGGUCAGUUGCUGGUGGGAUUCGUCAGCACGAGCAACGUAUUCUACUCUAAAAUUGUGAAUGAAGGCGAGAAUUUUGUGAUUCCCAGGGGGCUCGUUCACUUCCAGUACAACGUGGGGAAGGAGAAGGCGCUGGUGAUUACGGCAUUCAAUAGCCAGUUGCCUGGAGUUGUGCUUGCUCCGGUCUCUCUCUUUGGAUCGAACCCUGCUAUACCCAGCGACGUGCUGGCCAAGGCUUUCCAGGUUGAUCAGCAGGUCGUUAAUCUGAUAAAGUCCAAAUUUGGAAACUAAAGCUACUUCCUCGGUUCCCCCUCCAAUAAAUUAUGUUUUGUAGUGGUGGUUCAGGUUUCAUAAACUUCCGAUUCUGUAUUAUGUUAUGCCUUUUGCUGUUGUUUAUUGUUGCUUGCUCUUCUCUGUUGGAGGAUCAAGUGCUCAUUGAUUGCUUUGUUCCCUCAUGGCAUUGCACCAAUUAUUCUGUGUGUUACCAAAUAAUGUUAGUCUAAAUAUAUGGAUUUAUUAUCUUCUG